CUCAAUUUUAAAUUGGUUAUUUUCUUUAUGGCAUAUCACUAGUCAUUAUUGUUUUUGUACUUUACACAGGCCAAUGGUUUAUUGAACAGUUUCAUAGAAGAUUCAAGAAUGGAGUCCCUUGGACUUGUGGUUGUAGAUGAGCUUCAUAUGAUUGGUGAGGGAGGAAGAAGAGGUGCAGUUCUUGAGAUGUGCCUUACUAAGCUGGUGUAUACUUCAGUUCACAUUCAAGUUAUAGGAAUGAGUGCAACCUUGAGUAACAUCAAAGACCUGCAGCAGUUUCUAAAGGCUGAUGUGUAUACAAAUGAUUUCAGACCGGUUGAGCUGCAAGAAUAUGUGAAAUUGGAGAACAAAAUAUAUCAAGUUGUUGAUAAUGAAGUCAGUAGUGAACCUAUAAAAUGUCUACCAGUGCAGUCUAACAAGAAGAGAAACCAGAAAGAUCCUGACAAUCUUGUUUUGUUAGUGACUGAAGUCAUUCCAAACCACUCCUGCCUUGUUUUCUGCUCAACAAAACGAAACUGUGAAAAUGUUGCCAUGUUGUUAAUAGAAUUUAUGUCAAGAGAUUUAUGCAAGAUAAAGACGAAGGAGAGAAAAGACCUGCAAAAGGCUCUAUAUAACCAAGCUAAUGGGCUUUGUCCAGUUCUAAAGCGUACAGUACCAUAUGGUGUUGCAUACCAUCACAGUGGACUGACAGCUGAUGAGAGAAAACUAAUAGAAGAUUCGUACAGUAAGGGAACCCUGUGUGUUCUUACUUGUACUUCAACUCUCGCUGCAGGUGUGAAUCUACCUGCUAAAAGGGUUAUUCUACGAGCCCCAUAUGUUGGCAGUAAUGUCAUAUCACGCAGUCAGUACAAACAGAUGAUUGGUCGUGCGGGUAGAGCUGGUAUUGAUACAUCUGGAGACAGUAUUCUGAUUCUUAAAGAGAAAGACAAAUACAAGGUUGGAAGUAUUUUCAGUGGACCAUAUGACAGUUGUAGGAGCAGUCUGCUUUAUGAAGAGAGCAAAGGAGUCCGUCUGUUAAUUCUCAGCUUGCUUGGGUUGAAGAUUUGUGAAACUCAAGUGGAGCUAGUGUCAGCAAUAGAAAGCACUUUGAUGUCCAUCCAGUCAGAUAGUAAAGAGUUUACCAAAGACUGUACCAUCAAUGCUAUUGAAACACUGGUAAACUUGGGCCACAUCACACAGAAAUUGAAAGAUAAWGACAUCGUUAUUAGCAUAACAAAUCUAGGCCAUGCCACAUAUAAAGGUUGUCUUGAUGUUGACACUACUCCAUCUAUAUACGUUGGUAUACAACAGGCGUUAGAGGGAUUAGUACUUGUCAAUGAACUWCAUUUACUGUAUCUUGUUACACCCCAUGAUUUAAGUAUCCCAUGUGAAAUUGAUUGGAUGGUCUAUCAGAAAAUGGUAACCCUGAAAAAAUUUUUCUUAUCAAUGUUGUGUUAAUCAUGUUAGCCUUCUUCAGCUUCUCUCACGCUUUCUGCACAAAAAUAUAUGUUGUAGUUCAGGUUCAAUAUGAUU